AUGAACGUUGCAGCUUCUCCGAAUGAUCUGAGUGAAAUCAUCGAAGCCGACCGCAACCACGUUUGGCACCACCUGCUUCAGCACAAGGGGCUGGAGAUCAAUGAUCCGAAAAUCAUGGUGGAAGGCAAGGGUAUGCGGCUCUGGGAUGCGACCGGAAAGGAGCAUCUGGAUGCUGUUUCUGGAGGUGUCUGGACCGUGAAUGUCGGCUACGGGCGCGAAUCCAUUGCAAAUGCGGUGCGCGAUCAGCUGAUCAAGCUGAACUACUUCGCCCAUUCGGCCGGAUCGAUCCCGGGAUCGCUGUUUUCCGAACGCCUCAUCUCGAAAAUGCCGGGCAUGAGCCGGGUGUACUUCACCAACUCCGGCACAGAGGCGAAUGAAAAGGCGUUCAAGAUGGUCCGUCAGAUCGCGCACAAGCGCUUUGGCGGCAAGAAACACAAGAUCCUUUAUCGGGAGCGGGAUUAUCACGGUUCCUCAAUCACCGCGAUUUCCGCCGGUGGCCAGCAAGAACGCAAUGCCCAGUAUGGCCCCUACACGCCAGGCUUCGUCGAGGUGCCUCACUGCUGCGAUUACAGGGCCCAGUGGGACGUAGACAAUUACGGCGAACGUGCCGCCGACGCGAUCGAGGAAGUCAUCCUGCGCGAAGGCCCGGACACGAUCGGUGCGCUCUGCCUGGAACCUGUGACCGCCGGGGGCGGCGUCAUCACCCCGCCUGAAGGCUACUGGGCGCGUGUGCAGGAGAUCUGCAAGAAAUACGACAUUCUUCUUCAUAUCGACGAGGUCGUCUGCGGUGUGGGACGCACCGGCACCUGGUUCGGUUACCAGCAAUACGGUAUCAAGCCGGAUUUCGUGACAAUGGCAAAGGGCGUCGCUUCCGGUUACGCCGCGAUCGCCUGUCUGGUGACGACUGAAGAUGUCUUUGAAAUGUUCAAGGACGAUGCCAGUGACCCGAUGAACUUCUUCCGCGACAUCUCCACCUUCGGCGGCUGCACUGCCGGACCGGCGGCAGCGCUCGAGAACAUGCGGAUCAUCGAGGACGAAGGCCUGCUCGACAAUACCACCUUGAUGGGUGAGCGCCUGAUGUCAAACCUUCACGGCCUGAUGGAAAAACACCGGGUCGUCGGCGACGUUCGUGGCAAGGGCCUCUUCUGUGGCGCAGAGCUUGUGGCUGAUCGCGCGACCAAGGAACCGGUUGCUGAAAAACUGAUGCAGGCGGUUGCAGCAGACUGCAUGGCCCAGGGUGUGAUCAUCGGCGUCAGCAACCGGGCGGUUCCCGGCCUGAACAAUGUGAUCUGCCUGUCGCCUGCCCUGAUUUCCACGCCGGAUGACAUCGACAAUAUAACAGACGCCAUCGACGGUGCGCUGACGCGGGUCUUCAGCUAG